UAACUCUGAGCGACGACGGUGGGUGCCUAACGUUGACGAGCAAAAGAAAAUUUUAACUGCAUGUAACUCCGACAAACUUGAUGGACAUUUUGUUCGAGAUUUUUGAAUUUCGAUCUCACUGUCAAUAAAAAACAAUGUUUUCUAUUCACAAUAAAUGACUAUGUGUGGUUGAUAAGAAGCUCCGGGUAUCUGUAAACUAAUCACGGAAUUUAACAUACCAGUAUUCACCUUUAUUGGGGUUGUUUUUAGUAUAUAAAGGUGUUUAAAAAAGGGGGGUCCAUAUCCGCUAAAGGGGGUCCAUAUCUACUAGGAGAUUUGGACCGGGGGGUCCAAAUCUACUGGGGGGGGGGUCCAAAUCCGCUGUGACACCGGACGCGAUUCAACAACGCGACGUGAUUUUUUAGUUUUUGAAAGUUAAUAAAACAGCCAAUGAGAGCAAAUUUUGAAGGAUAUGUAGACCAAAUAACUCAAAAUGUUAUAGCGCUUCUAAACAUUUGGAAAAUGUAGUCAGGUCAGUGAAAAUCAAAAAAUUACGUCGCGUUGUCAAAUCGCGUCCGGUGUGUCUGGACUCUGGACCAGUUAAAGGCCGGAUACAGACCCGACGCGAUUUAGCAACGCGCGCGAAUUUUCAGUUUUCAAUGGCAUUUAACUUUAAUAUUUUUCAAUGUUUUUCAAAUAUUCGGAACCACUUGAGCAAUUUUAGCUAUUUGGUCUGCAUAUCUUGUAAAAUUUUUAUCCGUUGACGGUUUUAUUUGUUUUGAAUACUGAAAAUUCGCGUCGCGUUGCCGAAUCGCGUCCGCUCUGUGUGGGCCUUAAUACAUAAAACGAACAAUCGACUAAAGGUCCAGACACACCGGACGCGAUUCGACAACGCGACGCGUUUUUUCGAUUUUCACUGACCGAUAACUUUGAUUCUAGUUUAAAUUUUCCAAAUAUUUAGAAGCGCUAUAACAUUUUGAGUUAUUUGGUCUACAUAUCUUUCAAAAUUUGCUCUCAUUGGUUGUUUUAUUAACUUUCAAAAACUAAAAAAUUGCGUCGCGUUGUCGAAUCGCGUCCGGUGUGUCUGGACCCUGGUCUGAACCUUCACUCUGAUAACAGUUGACCCAAGUUGACCCCCCGUCACUUUUGUGACGUCAUUUGACACCCAAGAACUAUGACGCAAGACUACCGGUAAGUUAGAAAUUGACUAUAUUGCAUAGUCAUAACUUCCGCUAUUUUUGGCUUGCAAAAUUACAGCAAAAACCACCGAUGCCAAUCGAACUUUCAAAUAAUUUCAAUUUCAACGUACAAAAGAAGCCGUUUCUUGCUUGUCUCUCUGACUUUCAACUAUAAACGUCAUAAACCAACGACAAUAUUUGUUAUUUCUUUAAUGGCCCACUUUUGAGGUAUGGAAAAGAGUGCAUGCAUGGCUUGCUAUUUCGUCAUUUUCGUGCUCGAAGGAGGUCAAAACAAAGAAUAUGGCGAGGGUUUUAAUUUACGUCAAAAGGAAGAAAGCAUGCAUCCGGUAUGAAUGCAUUGUUAAAAUGCUACAUAAGUACAGACGCAGAAGAUGAAAUAACAUUUUCAAACGCUGGUUUGUUGCAAAAUUUUUAAAUUUUGUGAUCAAGGUGUCAACGUUCAAGGUUGCUGUAUUUUACUAUUUUCUUCUAUAGACUGAUGUUAAAUUUGUGCUGGUAUAUCAUAAUACAAUGUUUUCAAGGAUUGUAGUAAAGGUCAUUUAUAUUCUAUGCCUUCUUACAGCAUUUUUAUUAACAGUUAAAGGUAUUGUGUGAUAUUUCUAAUUUAUUAGUCUUAUUUAUAGUUAAAUAUUGAUUUGUUUUAAUAAUUUAUUAAUGCACCAGUCAGUGGAAUACCCCGCACCUCCCUACCCGGGGAACAGCGGGGCAUUAGACCAAGACCUUGCUCUAAUUCAGUCUAACUCCCCGCUAUACGCCACUCUCACUUGCCUAAACGCAAAUAAUGUCCCCGCUCUCCGGGCCCAAUCAGUGGUCGACCGGGGGCAUGAAUUUGGCCGGGGCCGGGCCGGGGCCGGGGAUGCAUGAUUUGGGCCGGGGACUGGUCGAACAUUGAUAUUAUGUGAUGUUGAGCGAUGUUAUUUAAGUGGGAUUUGGAAAGGCCAGUGGAAUUUACUGGACAGCGGUUUAUUGCUAUUGUAAGCCAUAUUGGAAACAUUUUACGAGGAAUAUAUGGUAGUGAUGGGCGAUACUAGCUUUUUUGGUUUCGAUACGAUACCAGUCUGAUACCAUGAAUUUUGGUCGAUACCGAUACCAAAAUCGAUACCGAUACUCAAUUUUUUCCAUUUAUUAAAAUAACUUUUAAAACACGAACAUUAAUGUUUAAAACAAGUCAAAGAAUACUCUAACUGGAGUACCUGCCAAAUAAUCGAACAUAACAUUUGCAAUUAUGAUUUUAAAUCAAAACAACAAUGUUUUCCUCAAAUAUAUUGCUAAUUAGCUACAUGUUUUUGUUUAAGAACAGCAUCAUGUCAACAUUUUUUGCCUUCAGGGGCCUUCAGUCUGUUGCCUUCAUGAAGCAUUAAGUAAUUGGUCAGGAAUACUGACCAAAAACAUCGCAGGCUCAAGUGGUAUCGAAUUACCGAUACUUUUUGCGAGUAUCGAAAGUAUCGAUACUUUUGUAAGUAUCGAUGAUUUCGAUACUUUUUCGAUAGUAUCGCCCAUCACUAAUAAAUGGUACGUAUCUUUUCUGUUUGUUGCUUUCGAUAUAAUUUUGUCGAUUUUUUUAAACUGUUUUAACUUUUACUUAGUUUUUACUACGUUUUUACUACGUUUUUACUAGUUUUUAGUUUUGCUAAGGUUCACCUGAAUCUUGACAAUUAUAAGACAAUAAUAGAAAGAAUUUGACAAAUUUGAGCUUGAAAUCCCCGGCCAAAUUUCCAGAAUUUUGGCCGGGGCCGGGGGUGCCAAUUUUGGCCGGGGCCGGGGCCCCGGUCGAGCCCUGGGCCCAACAUACAAUAUCUAAAACGAAUAUAAAUCUAAAGGAGAUUUUGAUAAAUACUACCUUAUUCGUACUUAAUUUCGCAUAUCUAUUAAACUGGAUUCUUUUCAGUUCAAUUUGGUUUUGCUCAUUGUUCGGGGCCCCUAAAAACUGGGCCUUUCCCUUUCUACUUAAAAUUUAAGUCAUAUCUAUGGUCUAUACUGAAUGCUUAAAAAAAUGGAACAUCUAAACGGUUUGCAAUAACUUUCAAGAAAAUAAAACGGUGACCUAAUAACACAAGAGAUUGUCAAUUCGUUCGCAAAAUUAUCAGUUCGCUUUCAUUGCUUAUUCCAAGUCCUUUCUCGUUUUCAAGAUGGCGGCUAUGUCUAAUCCCCGAUAUAAGCCCCGCCAAGUCCCCGGUACCUGAUACACAUAACUAAUACAGUCUAAAUCCCUGUGUACCGUGGCCGAAUAUAAGGUUCAAUCGCUCAAUAAUUCCCCGCUAUUCCGCGGCAUUCCCCGGGUAGUGGGGUCCGGGGCAUUCCACUGACUGGUGCAUAACUCAUUAAGUUGCAUUGUGCGCCACUGCACCCCACUGUAUUAGUUUAGUAAAUCCAGUGCCAAACAAUUUUACUCUUCAAAAGGAAGAGCACUGGCAUGCAAUGGAUUAAUCUGCCCAUGUGUCUACAAUCUUGGACAAAAUAUUUUGGCAAAACUUAUUUAAUCUUAUUCUUUCUUGUUCUGUUGUCUUAUUUUCCGUCAUAUAGGCAGAUGUCUACUUUAUAUCAAAUCUUAGGCACUCUCGUCCCUCCCCCUAUAUCAAUGUUGCUAUUUUCGGUUAAAUCUUCAGGGAAAAACAGGUGUAUUGGCGCAAACAACAUUGAUAUUGGGGGAAGGGAAAUAGAAUGACAUUUUUGCCAUAUAUUUUGUCCAGGAUUGUAGUUGACUGAUUAAUUAUUAAACAUUGCACCACAACAUGCCCUACUUUAGGGGCGGACCAUUAGAAAAGAGAUGGGGCUGGGGGAAAGCAAAAAUAAAAAUCGCGCUGGGGGAACAGAAGUAAAAAAAUUUUUGCACCAAAAAUAUUUGAAAAAGAAAUUGUGCAGAGACUUUUCAAUAGGCAAAAUUAUAAGGUGAAAUAAAAAAAAAUUGUGCAAGGGAUUACAUUUAAAAAAAUUAUUGACACAAGGAAAAAAUUAAAAAAAAAUAUUCGUACGAGUUAAAAAAGUCCCCCUCCCAGACCUCUCAACUUUGCAGAGAAGUUAAGAGUGAGAUUGGGGAUGUGGAUGACACCUUUGUAAACGUCCUGGGGUCUGAAAUGGCAUUUCGUACAUUAUGAGAGUUGGUGUUUUUAAUGAAAUACAUUGCUUCAUAACGUCCUUUAAAAGACAAGGCACUUUAGUUACAAUAACUGUAUUUCUGUGACAUACAGUAAUGAGCUUUAAUUUGCCUUUGAUAGUUUACAUAUAUAAUUCUAAAUUUCUGCUCGGACUGAUUCUGCUUUUUGUCUCCGCCAUUUUUACAUAUGCGUACUAUUUUCUAUCCAAAUUGCGGGCAAAAUGUCGGGCCGUAUAUAUGCAGGAACAAUAACACGCGAUUAUAUAUUCGACUCGCAAUCCAUAUAAUGAUUAAUAAUGUGCAUUUAUUAAGAUACAAUAUUAUAUUAUUGAAAAAAUACUAUGAAACUGCUAUAUGCGUGAGAUUUACUAAACGUGGCGUGAGAGCGUGAGAGUGAAGCGAAUUGCGUGAGACUCACGCCGAAUGCGUGAGAGUUGAGAGGUCUGCCCUCCCAUCAUUUUUCUAAUGGUCCACCCCUUAUUAUUUUACUCUAUAAAAGUUAAGUUUGUCUUUUAAAUAUGUUUGAUGCGAAACCAUGAUUAUUUAUAUUGAGUAUAGACGUUCUGUGGUUAUAAUAUUUAUUUUUUACAAGCUUUCGACUGUCAGUCUACAGUCUUCAAUGGGUAGAUAAUUAUAAUCUACCCGACAAUCUUCAACAGGUAGAUUAUUAUAAUUAUCUACCCAUUGAAGACUGUAGACUGACAGUCGAAAGCUUGUAAAAAAUAAGUAAUUAUAACCAGAGAACGUUUAUACUCAAUAAAAAAGUCUGUCUAUAAGGCCAGAUUAUUCCACUCUGACUGCGUAAUGCCAGACGAUUUUACUUCUGAAGGGGAGAGUACGUGCUGGCCUGUGCAGGGUAACAUAAUUAAGACAUGACAUAUAUAGUCUGGUUAAUAUACAAAUGCAAGUUUAAUUAAGACAUUUCACUUGAUGCUUGUCUGAGUAAAGGUGAAUUUAAAAAUGGAAGAAAUUUGCCACUGCAUGGGUGCUGUGGCAGCUAUGCAUUAUAAUUACUAGAAAAUACAUGCAUGCAGAAACCCUCGCCUUGCUGACAAAAUCAUUGUAUUUUCCGAACAUGAAGUAUCCAGAGUAGUUGUCAUGGUAACACGAUAAUUUCUUAAGAAUAUUCUUACAAAUUGCCUAAAAAUAUCACUUUUAAUUACAAAAUUAUCAAUUUCCCAACAUAUAUAUGUUAGGUAUGUUAUUAUACGUAAUAUAAGCUUCAAUUUAAGGUAAAAUUCAACCACAAACGCUUCACAAAACGUUUUAAAGUGUUCUUUAUAAAACUAUUAAAACAGCCUUUAAUUAAAUGGCUUUAUCGAUAAACUUUGAGUUUGCAAUAAAAUGAUUCCAAAUUCUCGCUUGCAAAUAACUUUGCUUUCUUUUUAUUUAAAAAAUUCAAUAUAAUAAAAAAGGGAAUCAAUAUUAAAGAUACACUGAAAUUAUAUGCUGUUUUGUUUAGUUGUUUCAUAUACGCAAAAGCCGUUGGGUUUUAAAUCCAUUAAAAUCAAUAUUUAAAACAAACUGACCUUCGUUAACGUCGGCUCCUUUCUUUUAGCCGAUUCUUUCGCCCUUUCUUUAGGAGAAAACUUUACAAAAUCUUUACAAUAUUUACAAAAUCUUGCAAAAAUUCGAGCAAAAAAUUCAUCAAUCACCAAAUCAAGAAAUAUUUGCUAUUUCGCUGUCGUCAUGCAGGCGUUAUAAUGCAAACUUUAAAUUGGACCAAUCAUGCAGUGUCCGCUAUUCAUGACAGUCCGCCAUAUUUUUGAGAUCAGUGAGGAUGACCACCCAUGGUUGGUCACCCACGCCACAGAGUAGAGACAUACAGAGACAUAACUAGUGCACCCACUUUUUUUGUGCGCAUGUUUGGCAAGUUACUAGAUGCAUGCAUCGGAUUGGAUGACGACUUGAGACGACUGACUUUAAACUUGCUGAGCACGUGCAGUUGAUCAUUUUUUGCCCGGUCGCCUGAAAGAAAGUGGGUACAUGAUAACGUAAUCUUCCGCAGUGUUUACAACGGUCAGUUACGUCUCUAUAUGUCUCUACUCUGUGCCCACGCCCGCGAUAAUUGAUGAACUUUAGACUUCCCUAAUGCUUUCGUUUCCCCGGGUAUAAAUAGCCGAGGGGAAUUAGUACCCUCGCACGGCGCUCCGCGCCGUCGGCUCGAGGAUUAACAAUUGUUGAAUGAGGUUGAGCAUGAUGUGAAGAAUUAUCAAGCCGGAAGUUGUGUUAUCAACCGAAGCAGGAGGUUGAGGUUGAUAACACAAACUAAUUUAUAAGGGCUUGAUAAUUCUUUAUAUCUGGCGAAAACUGAAUUCAAUAAUUGUUUUAUUAUUUAUUUACAAGAUGACUAAGACAUGCAUCUGCACCUAUGGGUUCAAUUUGUCAACGAAAAUAAUGUCGAGUUCUAUUUCCCAAAUCUUUUCUUUCAUGUCACAGGGUUCGAAAUAGCUGCCGGCGAUAGCCGGCAGUUUUAUUCACCGAUGACUCGCUUUAAUACAAUAACACAUACAUAUAAUUAACAGUUGUAUAAUUAUUUAAAUAUUAUCAUGACAUCGACUGUAUAGUGCCUAUAGUGAGAGGAAUCCAAAAUGAACUGUCACUGAGGACCAGAUUUUGUAAACAGUCAUGGAUUUUUAGUCGUUUACGACGUAUUUAUAAAUUUAUUAAUAUAGCACUAGAUUUAUUGAACCUAGCUUAAUAGGCAAUUCCAGCUUUUAGUUUAUGCUUGCAGGGGAUGAUGGGAAGUAAGGUGUCAUAUUCGCGAUUAUGCUGAAAAAUUUCAAUAAAAACUACCGAAACAACCGAUUGGGGAAAUAUUUCAAUAUUUACAAGUAUAAGCUAUCACUCCGUGUUUACACAGCCACUAGAUCUUUUUUUCAGCAUAAUCAGCAAUGUGAUACCUUACUUUCCAUCGUCCCCUGCACUCAUAAACUAAAAGCUGGAAUUGCCUUAUAGGCACCAAACUUAAACUUUUUGUAUAAAAAACAAUAUUUUCUUAUUGUUUUGAACUGAUUCACACAGAAGUUGUUAAUGUUUAAUUGCUCCUACACCAAAUAAAAUGCUAGCUGUCAUGUGUUCUUACAAAUGUUGUGUUGGUUUACAUCACUAUUAUUUUGCCUAUGCCCACUUCAGAACAUAACUAACCUUUUCUUGGAAAACAGCCAGCAAAAAUUUUCACCUACAAAAACAGCCUACAAAAUUUGACAUAUUUUCAGAACGUUAUUUCGAAUCCUGUCAUGAUCUUUUCAUAUACAAUAUGUUAUUAUGUUCAUCACUCUGUUGCAUACUUAAUAUAGCCAAUCAGGAACUAUGAGUCUUAGGUUAGCCAAUCGGGAACUAUGAGUCUUUUAAAUAGAUAAUAAAUUUUUAAAUGACCAAUAAUUACUCUAGUCCGCAAUAUCAGUCAUGAAUUCUAGAAAACAUCCACAGCCUACUUACUUUGUCAUUUUACUCUACUCUGUUUACCCUCAGAUGAUUUUGCUAAUUAUCAAAAUAAAACUACAGUAACUGUACAUAAGUACAUUAAUGAUUAUUGCAGCUAUAUAAUAUAUGUGAGUGUUCUACCAUAUUUAGCAACAAUCUUCCUUUGGUAUGUUAUAGGUACAUCGAAGCCAAUACGUCUUCGUGCCCUUUUUUUGAUACAGAUACAGAAUGCUGAAAAAGUCACUGGACCCUCAAAAAUGUACACAAUAGAGGUAUUGUGCAAAGAUAUAGAUAGAACCUCACCAUUGAUCAGUAAAAAUAAAGUCGGGCUGCUCCAACUUCAAAGUAAUGGCAAAGCCAGCCUGUACAUUUUCUUUUAAUGAAAGAACUAUUUGCUGUAUGAGGCCAAGCUUUUAAGAUAAUAAAGAAAAUUAAGAAAGAAGCAUAAGUGUACAUAAUUAAUUGACAUUGCUUAGUUAGGCUAAAAUAGCUGUUUACUAACAUAUGGGCUAAUAGUCUACUCAGUAGCUACAGUAUCUUACUAUAAUGAUGCUAAACACUUUGUUAGGCAAUCAAGGGCACUUAGUUGGUGCUCAGUAGCCUCAGCUCAAUAUGUAAAAUAUACCAAAGUAUUUGUUAGAUUGAAGGGUCAGUUCACAGCAAACUCUGUGUUUAUAUUAGAUAGCUGUCCAUUUUAUACUGUUCAGUAGUUUUUGGUAAAUUAAAUUAAACAAUUUAAGUAUGCAGUAUUAGAAUUAUGUAUCUUGGGAUAUUGAAAUGUAGAGAGGUGUCCAUAUUAGACAGUUAGUACCAAUAAUAACAAGUUUUCAUUGGUCGGGAUACAACUAUACUCUGGAAAAUGCAAAUGUCCUUCAACGUUUCAAGUGAAGGACCUCUGAAAGGCCCUUUGAAAUGCCCUUAGACAGGUGUCCAUAUUAGAGAGAUAGUUUUAGAGAGUGUGUGUAUUACAGAGGUGUCCAUAGUAGAGAGUUGGUUUAUAUUAGAGAGGUGACCAUGUCUUUGCAUUAGAGACAUACUUGUAUUAAAGAGGCGUCUGUAGAGUGUAUUUGUGAAGUGUCUGUAUUGGAGAAGUGUCUGCAUUAGAGAGGUGUCUGCAUUAGAGAGGUGUCUGUAUUAGAGACUGGUGUCUAUAUAAGAGAGGUGUCUACAUUGGCGAGGUGUUAAACCUAUUGAGUCGCAUUGCGCCCUGAUGCGCCCUACUUUAUUUUACUCUGUCUAACACCAGAUGAUUUUACUUGUCAAGGGGAGAGUAUUGGUGCUUAAUGGGUUGACUGGCCUAUCUGCUCAUGUUUCUAGUUAACCCAUUGAGUCACAUUUGUGCCCUGAUGUGACCUACUUUAUUAUUUUACUCUGUGAAGGGGAGAGUAGUCCAUUGAGUUGCAUUGUGCCCUGAUGUGACCUACUUUAUUGUUUUACUGUUUGUCUAAAACCAGAUGAUUUUACUUGUCAAGGGGAGAGCGCUGGCAUUUAAUGGGCUGAUUGUUCAGUUAUUAGGGAGUUAUUCAUAUUUGAGAGGUGUUUGUAUUAGAAAGAUGCCCAUACUAUUAAAGUAUAUAGAGAACUAUCUGGAUUAGAGAGCUAUUUCUUGUAUUAAAGAAGUAUCUCUAUUAGAAAAGUGUCACUCACUCUGUAUUUAAGGGCUCAGUUGUCCAUAUUAACUCAUUGACUGUAAUACAAUCCCUACAUAGCGAGUGAAAUCGUUGGGCAUUGGACAGUGAGAGUAAAAUAAUAAAGUUGGUUCAUCAGGGUGCAUUUCCACUUAAAGGGGUAAACAGGUGUUUGUAUUAAAGAGGUGACCUAAUCAAUUAUUAAAUAUUCUCAUAAAUAAAUACAGUCAAGUAUAUACCAUUAACCUAAUAAUACCCAGCACAAAUUCCCAUCAAUGAAUGAAAUCGUCUGCCAUUAGACAUGUUACAAUAACAAACUAAAUUUGGCACAUUUGGGAGCAUUGCAGCUUAACAAGUUAAUAUAUCAAUAAACAAUACUGUAUUUAUACUAAAUGUGUAUAUAUUUUAUUUUAUUGCAGACAUUUAAUAUAACAAAUACAACAAGAAAUGAAAGUAUCCUUCAGCUAUCCUUUCUGAAACAUCAAUUACUCCCUGGAGACAAGCUGACUUUUUACGACGGCAACUUA